AUGAAAAAGGUGUACAAAUCACCUUUCGUCGUCGACGUGAUGAACAUCCAAGGAAUUCAGAAGAGUUUAGAGAGGCUGGCGGACCUGCUGAACAAGAUUCAGAAAGCCUUAGGAGAAUACCUAGAACGCGAACGAUCGUCAUUCCCUCGAUUCUAUUUUGUGGGUGACGAGGAUCUCCUCGAGAUUAUAGGCAACAGCAAAGACAUUCUUCGAAUCAUGAAACAUCUGAAAAAGAUGUUUGCUGGUAUCGCCACAGUCAAACUCGACGACGACGUUACCCAGAUUCAAGGCAUGGCUUCGAGGGAAGGUGAAGAAGUUCACUUCACGGAGCCUAUCCUACUGAAAGACUUUCCCAAAAUCAAUGACUGGCUUGCAAAAAUCGAGUCGACCAUGCAGCUUUCACUUGCCACCCUGCUUUGUGAAGCUGUGGCCGAACUACAGACGUUCUAUGGAACCGGCACCCGGCUUGUUAUGGAACAAUUCAUGGCGUGGAUGGAGAAGUAUCCAGCUCAAUUAGUGACCCUUGCUGUCCAGGUCGCUUGGACAGCCUCCGUCGAGUCAUCCGUCGAGCGAUCGGAGCUUCCUGAGGCUCCCCUUGAAACUAUCCACCAAGCCCUGGAUCUCCUCGCUGAUAUUGUGUUGACGGAGCUGAACCCAGUGACUCGCAGAAAGUGCGAACACUUAAUCACUGAGCUCGUUCAUCAACGUGAUGUUACCCGAACUCUUAUCCAACAGCGGGUGCUCGAUAAGAAUGGCUUUACUUGGCUCUAUCAAAUGAGGUUCUAUCUCGAUGGCAGUCGGGAGAGUCCAGUUGAACGAUUGGUGAUCAAAGUGGCCGAUGCAUCCUUCCCCUAUGGUUGGGAGUAUCUCGGUGUACCGGAUCGCCUUGUACAAACACCAUUGACGGAUCGGGUCUAUCUCACACUCACUCAAGCGCUGGAUAAUCAGCUAGGCGGUGCCCCUUUCGGGCCUGCCGGAACCGGUAAAACUGAAUCCGUGAAGGCUCUCGGAGUACAGCUCGGUCGGUUUGUGUUAGUCUUCUGUUGCGACGAAACCUUCGAUUUCCAAGCCAUGGGUCGGAUUUUCGUGGGGUUGUGUCAAGUUGGUGCUUGGGGGUGUUUUGACGAGUUCAAUCGACUGGAGGAGCGAAUUCUCAGUGCUGUUUCGCAGCAAGUUCAGACUAUUCAACAAGGUCUUGCUUCCCUGGCGAAGAAUCCCAACAACGAAAUUGAGCUCGUUGGAAAGAACCUCAAGAUCAAUUCAAACAUGGGUAUUUUCAUUACCACUAAUCCCAACUACGCCGGUCGUUCGCAAUUGCCUCCUAAUUUGACGAAGCUUUUUAGGCCCAUGGCAAUGACACGCCCAGAUCGCGAGCUGAUUGCCCAAGUAAUGCUAUUUUCACAAGGUUUCCGUACAGCAGAGUCAUUGGCAUCCAAAAUCGUGCCGUUCUUCAACCUUUGCGAUGAACAACUUUCACCCCAGCCACAUUACGAUUUCGGCCUUCGAGCUUUGAAAGCCGUUCUAGCCAGUGCUGGUAUCCUCAAGCGUGAACGCCUUCUAGCGACUCAUACGGAGGGCGACGAGGUAGUUGGCCUCUCCGAUGCUAUUUCAGAACAAAUUAUCGUCAUUCAGAGUGUGACUGAAACAAUCGUACCCAAGUUAGUUGCAGAUGAUGUACCGCUGCUGACGAGCUUGUUGGCAGAUGUCUUCCCAGGAGUUGACUACCUGCCUGUGGAUCUUGAGGCUCUCCGCCGGGAGAUCCUCACAGAAUGCAAGGAGCGCCGGUUGGUGCCCGGAGAACGUUGGAUCGCCAAGAUCUUGCAGCUAUACCAAAUUCAAAAAAUUCAACAUGGUCUCAUGAUGGUUGGUCCUUCCGGCAGUGGUAAAACCAAUGCCUGGCAGGUCCUCUUAGCAGCUCUUGAACGGCUUGAUGGGAUUGAAGGUGUACCUUACGUCAUCGACCCAAAGGCGAUGCACAAGGACGCGCUAUACGGCACUCUCGAUUCCACGACCAGGGAGUGGAAUGACGGGUUGUUCACACAUGUCCUUCGGAAGAUCGUGGACGACGUACGUGGAGAGAGUGGGAAGCGACAUUGGAUUAUCUUUGACGGUGACGUCGAUCCAGAAUGGGUGGAGAACCUUAAUAGUGUGUUGGAUGACAAUAAGCUAUUAACUUUACCGAAUGGCGAGCGUCUCAACCUCCCCCUAAAUGUUCGAAUUAUGUUUGAAGUGGAGCAUUUGAAGUAUGCCACGCUUGCCACAGUCAGUCGAUGUGGCAUGAUUUGGUUCAGUGAAGAUGUUGUGGAACCAUCAAUGGUGUAUCAGCACUACCUCACCACUUUGUCAACUAUUCCGCUUGAUGCCGAGGAUGAAGAAACAGGAGAUGUGAUCACUCGUCGAACCGAUUCUAUCUCCGAUAAUGCCGCCUCGGCGAACCUUACCACGCAGAAACAGGUUGCGUCCAUAUUGGAACGAUUCUUUGCUGAAGGUGACCUUGUGAGCUCUGCCCUCACCUUUGCGGAGUCAAUUGAACACAUUAUGGAUUUCACCACGACGAGAGCGCUCAAUACUCUCUUCUCUCUCAUCAACAAGACCGUUCGGAACAUCAUCGAGUACAACUUUCAACACUCAGACUUCCCAUUGGCUUUCGAUCGAAUUGAACAGUAUGUCACCAAACGCCUGUUGGUCAGCAUCAUAUGGGCCUUCUCUGGUGACGCCAAAUUGGACCUGCGGGCAGAGAUGGGAGAUUUCUUACGCAAUUGCACCGGUAUUGAUCUGCCCCCUAUUGGAGUUGGUGGAUCCCUCAUCGAUUUCGACGUUCAAGUUGCUACCGGAGAAUGGAUUGCUUGGCAGUCUCGCGUUCCCUCAAUCGAGAUCGAAGCACAUGCAGUUACUGCUUCGGAUGUCGUUGUACCGACUAUGGAUACUGUUCGCCACGAGGAAAUCCUUUACUCAUGGUUAUCCGAACAUAAGCCUCUGAUGUUGUGUGGACCCCCAGGGUCUGGCAAGACCAUGACCUUGUUCAGCGCGCUUCGGAAGCUUCCUGACAUGGAGGUCGUUGGACUGAACUUUUCUAGCGCGACUACUCCAGAGCUUAUUCUGAAAACUUUCGAGCAGUAUUGUGAACAUCGCAAAACCCCGAAUGGAGUGGUUCUCGCCCCAAUUCAGAUUGGGCGUUGGCUUGUUGUCUUUUGUGAUGAGAUCAACCUUCCAGCAAUUGAUAAGUAUGGAACCCAACGUGUCAUCUCCUUCAUCCGGCAACUUGUUGAAUCCGGUGGCUACUGGCGAUCGAGCGACAUGGCUUGGGUCAAGCUUGAACGAAUUCAAUUCGUUGGUGCUUGCAACCCCCCCACCGACCCCGGGCGUGUACCUCUCAGCCACCGUUUCUUGCGCCACGCUCCGCUAGUCAUGGUGGAUUAUCCGGGAGAAGUGUCUUUGAAACAAAUCUAUGGGACAUACAAUCGGGCAGCUCUGAAGGUUGUCCCCAAUGUUCGCGCUUAUUCAGAGCCUCUUACAGACGCAAUGGUCGCCUUCUAUCUCGCCUCUCAGAAACGUUUCACCACUGACAUACAAGCACACUAUGUCUACAGUCCUCGGGAGUUGACGAGAUGGGUCAGAGGUAUAUAUGAAGCAAUACGCCCGUUAGAAAUUCUACCUGUCGAGGGUCUUGUGCGCAUUUGGGCGCACGAAGCUCUGAGGUUAUUCCAGGAUCGUCUCGUUACAGAGGAGGAACGCGUAUGGACCGAUGAACAUAUUGACGCCUAUGCCAUGGAGCAUUUCCCGACUAUCAACAAGGAUGAGGCCCUGAGUCGGCCUAUUCUUUUUUCAAAUUGGACGUCCAAGGACUACAUACCCGUCGAUCGUGAAGCCCUUCGUGAGUACACCAAAGCUCGACUCCGAGUAUUCUACGAGGAAGAGUUGGACGUUCCAUUGGUGUUGUUCAACGAUGUGUUGGACCAUGUACUCCGAAUCGAUCGGGUCUUCCGUCAGAUACAAGGUCACUUGCUAUUGAUUGGAGUGAGUGGAAGUGGAAAGACGACGCUCUCUCGCUUCGUUGCUUGGAUGAAUGGACUCAGCAUAUUUCAAAUCAAAGUUUCAAAUAAGUAUACCGGCGAUGACUUCGAUGAGGACCUGCGAACAGUGCUGAGACGGUCCGGGUGUAAAGGAGAAAAGAUCUGUUUCAUCAUGGACGAAUCCAACGUCCUCGACUCCGGUUUCUUGGAACGAAUGAAUACCCUUCUAGCUAAUGCCGAAGUCCCGGGUCUUUUCGAGGGAGACGAACACGCAGCGCUUAUGACUGCCUGCAAGGAAGGCUCGCAGCGUGAUGGCCUGAUGCUCGACUCACACGAGGAAUUAUAUCGGUGGUUCACUCAACAAGUAGCCAAGAAUCUUCACGUCGUAUUCACCAUGAACCCUCCCGAAAAUGGCCUAGCUUCUCGGGCUGCUACAUCACCCGCCUUGUUCAAUCGUUGCGUUCUAGACUGGUUCGGUGAUUGGUCUGAUCAGGCGCUCUAUCAAGUGGGAAUGGAGUUCACUCAGGCACUUGACCUCGAUUUGUCAACAUACACCCCUCCUGCCCACUUCCCUAUUGCAUAUAGGGAACUAUCCAUGCCCCCUGUUCAUCGAACUGCGGUCGUCAAUGCCUUGGUUCACGUCCAUGCAUCCCUACAUCAGAUUAAUCAGCGUUUAAGUCGACGACAAGGACGAUACAACUAUGUUACUCCCCGGCAUUAUUUGGAUUUCAUCAAUCACUAUGUACGUCUAUAUGGUGAAAAACGAGAUGAGCUUGAGGAACAGCAACGGCAUCUGCACGUUGGCCUUGACAAAUUGCGAGAUACGGUCACACAAGUCGAAGAGUUGAGGAAGAGCCUUGCGAUAAAACGUACCCAACUAGAAGCCAAAGACGCAGAAGCCAACGAAAAGUUAAAACGCAUGGUCACCGACCAACAGGAGGCUGAACAGAAGAAGGCGGAAUCUAUAGGGAUCCAGGCUGCUUUGCAGGAGCAGGAUCAGCAUAUUCAGCAACGACGGGCUGUCGCUGAAGCGGACCUCGCUGACGCGGAGCCUGCCGUGCUUGAAGCACAGGCUGAUGUGCGUAAUAUCAAGAGGCAGCAUCUUCAAGAAGUUCGUUCUAUGGCAAAUCCUCCGGAAGCAGUCAAGUUGGCGAUGGAAUCGGUUUGCACAAUCUUGGGUCAUAAAAUCGAUAGCUGGAGAACGGUUCAAGGUAUCAUCCGUCGGGAUGAUUUUAUACAGCACAUAGUCAACUUCGACACCGAGAAGAUGAUGACAAAGCAGCUACGCGAUGUGAUGAAGAAGGAUUACCUCAGUCGUCCCUCAUAUAACUUCGAGUCGGUCAACCGCGCCAGUAAAGCAUGUGGUCCUCUCGUCAAAUGGGUCUUAUCACAAGUUAAGUACUCCGAGAUACUUGACCGAGUUGAGCCUCUUCGUAAUGAGGUCAGUUCUCUCGAAAAAGAGGCCGAAACCACCAAGAAGCAGGCCAAAGCCAUAAUCGACAUGAUCGCCGAACUGGAGGCGAAAAUUGCGACGUACAAGGGGGAAUACGCGCUCCUCAUCAGUGAAACCCAGGCCAUUAAGUCCGAGAUGGAACGAGUCAAAAGUAAAGUGGAUCGCAGCAUGGAAUUAUUGGAGAGUUUGUCGUCAGAGCGUGGCCGUUGGGAAUCAGGUAGCCGCGCCUUCGAUGCCGAAAUGUCCACCAUUGUGGGAGAUGUUCUCCUGUCCGCCGCAUUCCUUGCGUAUGCCGGUUUCUUCGAUCAACACUAUCGUGAACUGAUGUGGCAGGAAUGGUCCCAUCAUCUGGCGGAGGCGAACAUUAAGUUCAAGACAGAACUUUCCCUAUCCGAAUACCUCUCAACAGCGGACGACCGAUUGAGCUGGCAGUCGAAAUCUCUACCCUCUGAUACACUCACCACGGAGAACGCGAUCAUGCUGAAGCGAUUCAACCGUUAUCCAUUGAUCAUCGACCCUACUGGUCAGGCAACCACCUUCCUAAUGAACGAAUAUAAAGACCGUAAAAUAACCGUCACGAGUUUCCUCGACGAGGCAUUCCUUAAGAUUCUUGAGAGCGCACUGCGAUUCGGAAAUCCGCUUCUCAUUCAAGACGUUGAGCACCUGGAUCCAAUAUUAAAUGCGGUCUUGAACAAGGAGAUUCGUCGUACCGGUGGUCGAGUAUUAAUUCGCCUUGGCAGUCAAGACAUUGACUUCUCGCCGUCCUUCACCAUGUUUUUAUCGACUCGUGAUCCCUCUGUAGAAUUCUCUCCUGAUAUCUGCAGCAGAGUCACAUUCGUCAAUUUCACUAUGACUCGUAGCAGUCUGCAGAGUCAGUCAUUAGAUCAAGUUCUCAAAGUCGAACGGCCCGACACGGACCGUAAACGGACUGAUCUCAUGAAGAUUCAGGGAGAAUUCAGACUCCGAUUGCGUACACUUGAGAAGUUACUAUUACAGGCGUUAAACGAGUCUCGAGGAAACAUACUAGACGACGAUAAAGUCAUCGAGACUCUGGAGACUUUGAAAAGAGAGGCUGCCGAGAUCACACGGAAAGUCGAAGAAACUGAUGUUGUCAUGAGGGAAGUUGAACAGGUCACGGCCGAAUAUCUGCCACUGGCACAGGCUUGUAGCGCUGUUUUCUUCGUGUUGGAGCAGCUUAAUAUUGUCAAUCACUUCUACCAAUUCUCUCUCCGGUUCUUCCUUGACAUUUUUGACUAUGUUCUUCACCAUAACCCGAACUUGAAGAACAUUUCUGACCACAGCCAAAGGAGAGACAUCUUGCUCAACGACCUCUUCUUGGUUGUUUACAAGCGCACUUCGAGAGCGCUUCUCCAUCGCGAUCGGAUGAUGCUCGCAGUUCUCCUGGGUCAGGUCAAAUUACGUGGAGUGGAAGAUAUCAACGAUGAGCUCGAAUUUCUGCUAGAGAGUGGCGACAAUGUGGUCGCGAGUACUGCUCCAACAAAUGUGCAUGCUUUGUUGACCCCGGAACAGGCACUGCGGUUGGAGACUUUCGCCAAAAAUCCCCUCUUUAAACAGGUAGAGACUAAUUUGACUGAACAUGAAGUGGAAUGGCGGUCAUUCUUGGAGUCCAGCACACCCGAGGUUCAAGUGCCGAUGCCUUGGGAACCCAGUACUCCUGCCAUUGAGGCACUUCGGGCGACAUUGAUUAUAAAAUGCCUGCGGCCCGACCGACUCUUGGAAUCCGUCGAUCGAUUCGUCCGCGUCGUGUUCGAUAUGGAUGUGUCUGAGCAAUCCUCUUAUGACUUGGGCACCAUGGUCUCAGAAGAAAUCCCACCCGCAACACCCUUAGCUAUGGUGUCUGUAACCGGAUACGACGCUAGUUACAAAGUCGAGAAUCUGAUCAAGAAUACCGGUGCUCGGUCUUCUUCCGUUGCAAUGGGUUCGCAAGAGGGCUUCACUAUCGCAGACCAGGCCAUUGCCGCUGCGGCACGACAAGGAACAUGGGUCUUACUCAAGAAUGUUCAUUUGGCUCCCUCUUGGCUAGGACAGUUGGAGAAGAAAAUGCAAACUUUGAACCCCCAUAGAAACUUCAGACUAUUCCUUACGAUGGAAGCGAAUCCUUCUAUUCCGGUCAAUAUUCUACGACAGUCUCGUCUAGUUAUGAAUGAACCUCCUCCAGGGAUCAAAGCUAACCUUCUCGAUUCGCUUCGUGGCAUUUCAUUAUCUCGUCUGUCACAAGGCCCUGCAGAGAAAAUUAGGCUCUAUUUUCUUCUUGCGUGGUUCCACGCCGUUGUUCAGGAGCGUUUGCGUUAUUUCCCCCUCGGUUGGAGCAAGGUAUAUGACUUCAAUGACUCUGACUUGGCUUCAGCCUUCCAGACAAUUGACGUCUGGCUUGGAAGCGUCUCUAAGGGACGAGCAAAUAUUGAUCCAGCUACUAUUCCGUGGGACGCACUUCGUACCCUGGUCAAACAAUCCGUGUACGGAGGCAGGGUUGAUAGCGAUUUCGAUCAACGGAUUCUUGAUUCAUUUGUGGACAAUCUUUUCACCGCUAGGUCCUACAAUGUCGAUUUCCACCUUGUGCCGAGCAUCACCGGGAAAAUGUUGCUGGGUGCCCCAGAUGGUACGAAAUUGGAUCAAUUCUUGACCUGGGCACAAGAUCUUCCGGACCGUGAGCCUCCUUCAUGGCUCAGUCUCCCGCCAACUGCCGAACGAGUGAUUGCUAUUGCUCAAGGGAACGAAUUUCUCGGGAAAUUACGCAAGACGAGGAUGUUGGCCGACGACGACGACGAAGUUACACCCAGUGCUGCGAAAUCACAAACCUCACAGCAACCAGCCUGGAUGCGAACGUUAUUGGAUCGUUGUAGAGAAUGGUUGUCUGCGCUUCCCUCCGUAUGCGUCUCCUAUUUGCAACUACAACCCGGACUGACGCACAAUGUGAAAGAAAUUUAA